GUCCCGGACGUCCAGACUCAAGAAGGGGUUCCCGGCCGCGUGACUCCUAGAACGCGCAUCCUCCUCUUCAGGUGUGGGGAAUCAUGUCUCCUCCUGCAUUCACAGACAAACGGUUCCAGCCUGUCCACGACCUCACAAUAGGUGUGGAGUUUGGAGCUCGUAUGGUCAACAUUGAUGGGAAACAAAUCAAACUGCAAAUCUGGGAUACGGCUGGGCAAGAAUCCUUCCGUUCUAUCACCCGUUCCUACUACAGGGGAGCAGCUGGAGCAUUGCUGGUAUACGACAUUACAAGACGUGAAACCUUCAAUCACCUGACUUCAUGGUUAGAGGAUGCCCGGCAGCACUCUAGUUCCAACAUGGUUAUCAUGCUGAUUGGGAAUAAGAGUGACCUAGAGUCUCGUAGGGAUGUCAAGAGAGAAGAAGGAGAGGCCUUUGCUCGGGAGCAUGGACUUAUAUUCAUGGAAACUUCAGCCAAAACAGCCUGCAAUGUUGAAGAGGCCUUCAUUAACACAGCCAAAGAAAUAUAUAGGAAGAUCCAGCAGGGUUUAUUUGAUGUCCACAAUGAGGCAAAUGGCAUCAAGAUUGGGCCCCAACAGUCAAUUUGUACAUCAGUGGGACCCAGCGCCUCCCAGCGGAACAGUCGUGACAUAGGGUCCAACUCUGGCUGCUGCUGAACAUCUGGCCUGAACUCUUUUUUCCUUCCUGGAACAGCUUCAGAUCAAUAGGCUUAAUGAAAGAGGUCUUACUUGCUUUGGCUGAGAGCAGCCUCUUUUCAAGGUGUGAUGUUUUGCCUUUCCACUUAAAGAUCAAGGGAGAAUUUGGGCCA